AUGGUGCGAUUAGAACAACUAAUACAAUUAGUUGGUCCGAAAAUCGCAAAAAAAGAUACGCCAAUGAGACAGGCUAUUCCAGUAAAAGAACGCAUGGUGGUAAUCCUUCGCUUUUUAGCAUCCGGUGAUUCUUACAGCAGUUUACAAUUUUUAUUCCGAAUACCUGUUUGUACAAUCAGUCGAAUAGUGACUGAAACAACGAGAGCUAUUUAUGACGUCCUGAAGAGAGAAUAUUUGAGGUUCCCGAAUACUGCAGAAGAUUGGUUACGAAUUUCUGAAACCUUCAAUGAGCGAUGGAAUUUUCCUCAUUACUUAGGUGCCCUUGAUGGGAAACACUUUGUCAUCCAAGCUCCGAACAAUAGUGGAAGUACUUAUUAUAACUACAAAGGAACUCAUAGCAUAAUUCUGAUGGCGACCGUCGAUGCAAAUUACAAAUUUACGUAUAUAGAUGUAGGGUAUAAUGGCCGAGCAUCUGACGGCGGAGUUUUCGAAAAUUCGUCUCUGAAAAAAGGUCUGGAAGAAAACACUGUGCGAUUACCACCGCCAGAACCUUUGCCUGGAAGAGAAAUUCCCGUUCCCUAUGUGUUCGUUGCUGACGAUGCAUUUGUAAUGAGAUCGUAUAUUUUAAAACGCUAUCCCUUCCGCAAUCAACCAGCACCAAAUCUAUUAUUCAAUUAUAGGCUCUCAAGAGCGCAUAGAAUUGUCGAAAAUGCAUUUGGAAUUAUCGCCAAUACAUUUCGAGUUCUACGAAGGCCUAUUGACCCUUUAACUGCCACUGUAGCAAAUUUGCUACGUUCACUUUGA